AUGAGACGCUACUCACAUGCAUUGUCAAUAUUGCAUGUGAGAAGAAGGCAAAUAUUGGCAUUAUAUUUAGAAACAUUCUCUUGUGGAAUGAGAGGCAAUAGUGAUAACUCGGAGGAUACACGGCAAGAAGAUGCCUCUCUGGCGGGAGAUCGGCGGCGUCUCGCGAGUCACUGGGAAAAGGCCUUUUUUGGUCGUGUACACUACGAGCCCGGCAUGCGAGAGCACUACCGCUCCGCCACAGAAGCCGAGAGAGAAGAGAAGGAACCACAAGAAGGAAAAGAUGAAAUGGGAUUAGAAUACAUGAGUAAUCGUGAGUUAUUCCCAAACUGGGCAGAAGAUGAAGAAGCCCCAUUGCAUGAGUUCCGUCAACUGCCAGCUGCCUUACGUCGACGGUAUAUUGCCAAUCGCCUCGCCAUGGCGGAGCGGCGGGUGAUGUUCGCUGCGGAUUAUGGGAGUCUUCUCAUGAUGCAGCACCUCAACUUGGGCGAGCGGAUGUUAAAUGAGGCGGAGGCGUUGUUGGUGGAGUGCGGCUGGUGGAAUAGUGUCGUCGCGGCGAAGAUAGAAGCCGUGCGGGAUCAUGCGGCGAAGGUGAAGUUUGAAUUUGACCUCGAUUGA